UUGGCCGCAGGAGCGACAACUGUUGCGCGGCAGACGGAGUUUGUUGUUGUACCGGGUCGCGCGUCAUAACCUUGCACCGUGUGUCUCGCAGUUCGAUAAAAUGUCAUCGUGCACGGAUUUGUUGCGGCUGAACGAGAAACGACUGUUCAAAGACAUCAGAGCGAGCCUGUCGUGCGGUGCUAAAGAGACGCGGAAUAUCCUCGAAGUGCGCGACAACGUGCUGUACGCGUGGAAUGCCGACAAGUGUUGCGUGCUCACGUUCAACGUCGCGGCGACUCGUGGCAAGCUCGGCGAUGACGUCCCUUAUCAGACACUACAACCGACGGAUCCGCCAAUUUUUGACGUCACAAAUGUACUGAUAAACGAGACAGCAACGCAGUUGGCAUUAUGGGGCAACUUGGGCAUUUCUCUCAUGGAACUACCGAAACGAUGGGGCAAGGACGCCGUUUACGAGGGCGGCAAGGAAGUGAUUCUCUGCACAAAUCAUAAUUUUGGAGACUUUGGAGCAAGUGCAGAAAUUCAACGAACGCGAUGGCAUCCGGGUUCUCCGAAUGACUCACAUCUGUUGGUUUUGACAUCAGAAAACUCUUUUCGUUUGUACGAGUGCGACCUGGGCAAUGCACCCAGACUCGUAAAAUGCUGGAAGGUCGGUCGUGCACCAUCGAGCUCGCCCUCGAAGAUUCCGGGUUUUGCAUCCCUCGGAGAGGCUGCGAUAGAUUUCGAUUUUGCCACUCCUACCCUGAGAAAACCGGAGAUGUUUGCCGACAAAAGUAUCAACGAGAUAAAAGAUAUAGUCGAUUGGAAUCAGAUCGAAUGGCCGAUUCUGGUCCUCCGUGGAAACGGUGAAGUGCUAAUCGUCCGUGGAAAUGUCUUAUUGGAAAACUAUGAAAAUCCAGUGGUAUUAGGUUCGCUAUCUAUGUAUCCGUCGACCGACGAUAAUUACGGAAUAGAUUCAUGCUCCAUCAUGUGCCUGCAAACUACCCCACCGAUAGUGGUCAUCGCCAUGUGCACUGGAAAGAUUUAUCAUGCCAUACUAUUGCGUGAAAUAUUGGACGACGAAAACGACAAAGAUGACAGAAAGACUUGGUCGCAAUAUGGUUCAAACUAUAGUCUUCACACUCCGGACGAUGCACUUUACGUCUUCGAAUGUGUCGAACUGGAACUCGGUCUCCUUUUCACGGAUGAUGACAAAAAGUAUAAUUGUCCUAUUCAUCUUCAUUGUGAUAAGAGUAACAAAUCGAGAUAUUUUUGCACUCAUAAUGCCGGGAUUCACAUGGUGAGUUUACCGAUGGUUUCUCAACUGGAGGAAUUUAUACAUGAUAACAGCGAGAAUUAUUUUUUAUCUUUAUCAAACCAAUCAACUUUACAAUAUCUAUUCUCUACGAGAACAAAACAUACAAACAUAGACGAAGCUACACCGAUACUCGGUUUUGGUCUACUUCAAGAACCCUGUGUUUUAAUCGCAUUGCUGCAUACAGGCAUUGUGAUCGAUCUUUCGGUUAUAGAUCUUUAUUAUCUUCCAAGGAUCGAGCAAUUAGAACCUAUCACCAAUACUACAAAAAAGGUGAACAAGGAACCGUUCGACAUGUACAUCAGAAGAUUACUAAGACGCGAAGUAUCACAACCUAUAACAAAAAUAGGAUCUCGCUCAAUGUCCUUGAGCGAAUCCCUAGAGUUUUUGUAUCACGCCACAAAUAUCUUUCGCACUCAACAUUUUGUCCAACACGACAAAGUUCGGGAAGAAAUCAGUAAAAAGGUUCGCUCAUUGAAAGCUUUGAAAACUCACUUGUUAAAAGAACUCGAUUCUUUAAUGGAGACAAAGAAAGAAUUGCGUCACACUGCUGAACAUUUAGCUGAGCGAUACGAAGAUAUCAAUGAUAACCAAAAAGAAUUAGCGCGUAGAGCAGAGGAAGCAUUAAGAUUAGUAAAUUACAAGGAACCAUCAAUGACUGCCGUCGAGCGAGCAGAGGCGGAAGUAUUAAAGAAAAUGAAUGAUAAGAUACACGACAUGCAGAUACGACUUGAUCAACUUAAAAAAAAAUCUCAACAGAUUAAACAUACAGAUGCUUCCGAAUCAAAUGAAAAAAAGAAAGAAAUUGUUUUUACAUAUAAUCAAGAGAAAGCAAUACAUGAGACUCUUUCUCAAAUGACAAAAAAUAUAAAAAAUUUGAUGGAUGAGGCAAAACAUAUUAAAGCAGAAAUUGAUCUUUCAUACAUUAGUAAACAGUAAUAGUAAACAUUAUCAAUUUCUUAACU